GAAGGAAGGAGAAGAAGGAUAUUAAAGUAAAAAUAAAACAACUAUUUUGCCAAUAAUUCGAUCAAGAUAGAGAUGCAAAGAACCAGACAGUUGGCAGCUGAUUUCCACGUGUCCAUUUUUAUGUGGCUAUUGAAAUUCACGUAUCGAAUGACAGGUUGCAACAGUUACAUGGAUCUCGAGCUUAUCGCCUCUCGCUUCUUCCCGCUAAAAUGAGAACUGGCCGAAGGAGGAGUUGUGCACAAGUAGAAACACGGACACGAGCGCCUUUGUAAAUUCCGGCUGGCACGCGAAGCUGAAGGCUGGAGCGUGCGGCAAAACAAACGAGCUCGCUUCUGUUUGUUGUCGGCGAAAAAUUGCGGAAGGAAAACAAGAGCCGGGAAUGGGAGGAGACGCGACACGUUUGUGUUUGUGAAACUUGCGUAAAUCAGAGGAAGACUAAGCGCAAAACAUUGUCCGAACGGAUUGCGCCAUUUGCACGAUCUGCGACGCGGAAGAGGAUUCGCGAGCUUCUCUCCCUCUCUCUCUUUCUCCCUCUCGCUCUCUCUCUCUCGUGGAAGAGAACGGUGGUGAGCUUCGUCGAUCGUGUGUCGGACAUAUUCAUCCCGGGCGCGAAAGUUUCUCCAAUACUGAGGAAGCUCUUUUCUUCGCACGUUUGAAAGGAUUAGAGGAGAGGAAGAACUGGAAGAAGAGUCGUACUGGUUCGCGCACGAGGCGAACGAGAUGAACGGUGAUCGGUAAUCGUCGCGAGGCAAGAAAGAAAGGGAGAAAGGAACAAGACGCGACGAGAUGGCCACAAUCACGAGUACGACCUUCCCGAGGGUGCUGAAGAUAUUACGGGAAAACAACAAUGUGAAGGAAAAGCGCGAGGUUUUAACUUACAUCUCCAGUCAAGCUAAAAAAUUAGAAUCAAGUGGUACUCUCAAAGAAGAUCGUUACAAGGAAUUGUGCAGACUGGUUAUAGAAGCAUUUACAAGACAUGAAGGGAGUAUGCAGAACGAAGCAUUAGGUGCGCUUAAUGCCAUUGUAAAAGAAUUCAAAACUCAUUCUUUACAUCUUUUCGAAUCAAUGUUACAGACAGAUAAGAGGACAAGAUUAAAAAUCCUUAAGCUACUGGAAGUAGUGGAAGACAAUGCUAUUUCUGCAGCUGCCAAUGAUGGACAGGCUUUAAAUUUUUUUAAGGAUUGUAUGGAUAAUGUGCAACCUAAUUUAAUGGAAUGGUUGAUGCCAACAGCAUGUGUGGAUAAUUUGCAAAUGUUGACAAAAGUUGAGCAUCAACCCUUAUCAGAUGAACAAAAAUUAGAUGAAGAUACAAAUAGUUAUGCACUUAUUCUUUUGAGAAGGUUGUACAGAUUGGCUGCCAUAACGUUUGAUCAAAAUGUUCAGAGGUUUGAUACAUUACUGAUGGAUAAGAUUAUAAUACUGGCCUAUAUGGGACAUAAGCGGCAGCGUGGUCCUGCUUUGAAAGUUUUACAGCAAGCUGUUGCAACUAACUCGUCAUCACGUAUUCGUAAAGAUUACCCUAAUCUAUGGACACAAUAUAAGACCAAUUUACAAUCCACAUAUUGUAAACGUAUGUUGCUGUUAGUAGCAGCAUGUGAUCCAGAUUGGACUAUUCAAUGGAAUACUACUAUCCAGUUUCUUGCUACUGAUCUUCAUCGUGGUGCUACUCUCAUAAAUAAUUUGUUGAGUGUUGAAGAAAAAGCCUUCAAAUCUACUGAUCCUAUUAUACGCAGACAAGCUUUCCUCUCAUGGAAAUUGUUGAUUGACAAUUUUGCUUUAGAUCACCAAGAACUUGCUACUCCUAGGAGAAUAAAACUACUUUGUAUUCCAUUAAAUACUAAGAACAGUAAAACUGAAUUAAUCGCAUUAACAAAAUUAGAAGUUUGGUGGCACUUAAUUAUUAAAUUGUAUAAAGAUAUUGCAAAAUUUGCUACUCCUGUUAUCACACAAUUUCUAAACUAUUGUUUUGGACCACUUGGAGAUACACCACUGCUUUCCUCUAAAUUUGAUGUUGUUGCCUCUCCAGGCAAAAGAUUUUUUAAGACAAAAGUAGUUGCUGUGGAUGCCUUGUGUCAAUUAGUUGUCACAAAGGAAGAUCUCAUUGCAGUUUGUGCUCCAAUGUUAGAAGAAAGACUUCCUCAUGCUAUAUCUGAUGAGGUGUUUCAAGAAUGUUCUAAAAGCAUUAUUCACAGUGUAGGAGAAGCUCUACUCAUUCUUGGUCAACUUACAGAUCAAGAAAUGAAAAAUCGUUUCCAGCUUGGUAAAAUAUUGUGGGCAAAUUUGAUGACAUAUAUAAAAAAUAUAAAACUUGGAACAAAGGACCAUCUGUACAAAGAUGUAAUACUAGUCGUAACAGAAUUGGGAAAUCAUGUAGAUAAAAUUAUGGUAAAAGAUAUGAUUUUCAAUGUAAUUUUGCUGGAUAUCGUAUACCUUGUUGAGGACACUGGUUUUCGUGAUAACGCAUUGCCAGAAUUUGUAUUAAAACUUUUAUCACCGCCAAUACUUAAUGAAAUGCCAAAUUAUAGUUUGGAUCGUAUUAACUAUGCAUUCAAGUGCCUUCUGGAGCGGUGUUUUAGCCCAGAACUUACAUAUUCCUCAGGUGUGCUUGGAUUUCUGGAAACAAUAAUGGAAAAUUUGAAAUUAAUGAUUAGUACACAUAAAAAUAUGAAAGUUUACAUCGAAUUAUGGUCUAUAAUAGCACAGAACUUAACAAAAUAUAUGUCAAACUGUGAAAUUGCUAAUGAAAAUAAUGAAUAUAAUUUCAAAAUUGUCAAAUUGAUCUUAUCACUCCCAUUUCAAUAUUCAUUUCUGGAAAAUCUUGAACAGAUGAAAGAUUAUGCAAAAAUAUGGAAAGUUUUAUAUAAACAAUUUGAGUUACAAUCAGAUUCAACUAGUGCAACAAAGCCAAAUGAAAUCUUAUUGAAUAUUGCAAACAUGAUGCGAGAAUGUUUAAAUACAAAUAAAAAUUGUUGUUUUUUUAUUGUAAAUUGCUUAGAUACUUUAUUGAGCGCUCUCGAUUUUGAAUCAUUGUUAGCUGAAGAUGAAUUCCCAUCCAUUGUACAACUCAUAUUAGAUGUUGUAAUAACUUCAUUUAAUAAUGUACAAAAUCUUAAUUCUGAAAUAGCUCUGAAAAUGUUAUCAGCUAUCCUUACUACUGUAUAUGGACACAAUCCACAAAAAGUAAUAUCAUAUCUGCAUAAUUGUAAAUCAGUGAUCAAACUUAUACUUACAUCGCAAAUAAAGACACUUUUUAAAGAGGUUGCAAGCAUGUGGGAUUGUGUAAUUAAAAUUUUUAAAGGACUUAAUAAACAAUUGGAUUACGAACUUUUAUCUUCGUUCAAAGAAACGAUUAUAAUUGCAAUGAAUCAUUCUAAUCCAGAUUUAAGAUCUUUAACACAAUCUAUUUUUGAAGUUAAAGAUUGCUUGGACAGUAACGCUAAGUGCAUUGUAGAUGAAAUAGAAGAAGCAAUCGAAAAAUCUUAUCCCAAAUCUGAUAGUGUUACAAAAAAGAAAGCAGAAACAGAACAAACAAAAGAGAUACAUAUAGCUGGAAGUUUCUUGAAUAGGAAAUCUACUAAUACAAAAUCAGUAUCCAGUAAGGCAGCAGAAAAAACUGAUAAAUAUACGCUUAUAUUACCUGAACCUGAUUCGCAAGAUUAUGUGUAUAUAAAAACAGAUUUGAAAUUUGAUGUAAAUCGUUUGACUGAGCAUCAAAAAGAAAGUUUAAAGAAAAAGAGAGAAGAUAUACCAGCAUUGUAUAAUGAUCUUUCUCAAUCAUCCUCACAAAAUUCUCAAAAUUUGCAAGAAUGGUUUGAUAUUAAAGUCAAACAUAUUAAUGAAACAGAUAAAAUCAGUAAUAGAAAGAGUGACUCUAUAACUCAAAAACUUAUCGAUAAUGACGCCAACAAGGAAAAUAAAAUUAUGCAAACAAAGUCGGCUAAUUGGGUGGAUAAAGUAGUUGAUAGUCACAUCAGUAGCGAAUUGGAUGUAAAUAUUGAAGAAAAUAUCGCUGAUACUAAGCAAAAUGAAGAUUUAAUAAAUACAGUUGAGAAAAUGAAUUCUAAUGAAAAACAAGAAGAAAAUGAAAUAGAUAUAUCGAAGCAAACAAACUCGGCACAUACAGCAUCUAUCAGUGAACAAAAUACUGCAGAAAUAAACGAAAAAAUAGAUGCUACAACUACAAUAGUAAAAAAAUUAAAUUUUGAAUCACGAGAGGAAUUUUCUGAAAAUAAAAUACAAGAACGACAAUCAUCUCCUUCGAUGUUAGAUAGUAUCAAACGACGACAUCGUAAUAGCAUAAAAUUAAAUUCAUCGUUAAAAAGUGACGAAGUUGUAGAGAGUCAAAAAGAUUCAAGUGCAACAAAUAUACAAAGAACGUUGAGAAUGAAAAUUUCUCAGGAAAAACCUGGUACAAAUAGUAAACAAAAGUCAGACGACGAUAUUGAUAUUAAAGAAAGUUAUAAUGAAAAUAAGAAAGGUAUUAAGCGUAAAUAUACAUCGGAUACUGAAUCGGAUGGGAUACAACGUCGAAAGCGAAAAAGUUUUAAUGAUGACACUGGUGAAACAUCACGAAGCAGUGACUCUUUGGACAUAGAUAUGGAGAAUGUGAGUCAACGUGUAAAAAAUGAAAUAUCUCGUUUAAAAAUUGACAUGGUAUUUGAUUGUCCUGUGGUCAAUCGUCGUCGAGUUAAACAUUUGGAUGAAGGAGAAAAAGAAACAUUUAUACAGGAAAUUGAUGCAGGAAAGAAACAUGGAUUAAGGAAAUAUGGAACACUUGAUAAUAAGAAUUUUAAACAGAAAUCCCUAGAUGGAAGGUUUGUAGAAGGAUCAAAAAGAUUUUCAAAAACACAGGAAAGAAAUACAAAAGAUGCAGAUGAUACAGAUCCAGGAAUAUUUAAAAGACGAGGUAGAAGAAGUAUAAGACAGGAGCCUAAUAAGAGUGAUUUAGACAUUAAUAAAGAUGUUAAAAAAUCCACCAUAACUAAUACUAUUGACAAGGUGCAAGUAACUGAUACUAUUGACAAGAUGCCUGAAUGGAAAAAUUCAGACACAGAUAUGACAGAUGAAGUUUCAACAUCCAGUCAAGUUAUACAAGACGUUACAAUUAGUAAAGAUGAAACAUCUGAAACAGAUAAUUCUAAAUUUACCAGUUUGAAUGUAGAGUCUUCAGAAUCGAGCAAGCAAAGUGAAGAUGAAAUUGAAGAAGUAGAAAGUUUUGUAGAAAGUUCACAAAUUCCUAAUAUCGAUGUAAAAUUAGAUAAAAUAUGUGGCGAGAAACAAUGUUUCAUUAAAAUUAAUAAAAUAGAGAAUAUUCCUCUUAUUAAAGCUUCUGAUGCGAUUAUCGAAAAAAAUUAUGUACCUGAAUCUAUCCCCAUGGAUUGUGACGAUAAUGUACCUGAUCCAUGUAAACAAUCAGAUGAAGCUAAUCUUAAUAAUACAGAAUUGAAUGAUGAAAAUAAAGAUAAAGAUAGUACAAAUAAAGAUACGAUUCAGGAAACUAAUAGUUCCAAUUUAAAAAUUAUAAUUUCAGAAGGUCAGAAGACAAUCGAAAAUUCGUCAUCGAGCAAAUCUACAAGUAUAACUAGUUUUUCUUCGCCGAAAAGUAGUAUCAAAGUGUUAUGUAAACUUAAACCAUUCACAGGUCGUGCUGCUCAUAUGCUAGGUUUAGUUACAAAGCAAGCGCAACUCGAAGGUGACAAUCCAACUAUUGCACUAGAAGAUGAAUCAUCUAUAAAAAAAUUAAAAACCAAGGACGCAGAAAAUGAUACGAGUAAAAAGGCUAUAGCAAUUAAAGAGAUUGAUAAAAUAAACGGACCUUCUGGCAGUCGACAAGAAAAGAUUUUCAGCAAUAUGAGAUCGGCCGAUUAUUGUGCAUCUCCAUCAUUUACUACUUUGAAAAAUGAUGGCGAGAAACUUUCAUUUAAACUGGACAAGAAUAUAUCAGACUACUCAUCAAUAGAAAUUUCAAUCGAUAAAGAAAAUGUAGGAGGUACAUCAUUUUCAUGCGAAAAAGACGAUCUACCAAUAUUGGAAUGGUCAAGCGCUAAUCCACCUUCAUUAACGGCAUCGCCGAGUGCAAGUAUUCUUAAACGUCAACGAUCGAGCAUACCAGAACCAGAUUUAGAUUCUUCAACUCCUAACAAGCGAAAGCGAGUAAGCUUUGCAGAUCCACCGGUAUCAAAAGAGAUGGGUUAUGAAAUAUCAAAUACAGAAUUUUCACAAAAAACUAACAAAUGUCCCACAGCACGUAGUCCUAUGCCAAGAAAGGAUUCUCCACUUAAGCUCAAACAGACUAAGCUUAAAUUUGUACCAAUAGACGUAGAAAAAGUAAUAAUUGAGAACGAUUCUCAAAAUGAAAGUGACUCUGAAACUGUUUUCGAAGCCGAGAAGAAAAAUGAAUCAUUAACAAAGAUAUCUGAAGCAGAUUCUGAAGCUAUGAAUAUAGAUAAAUCAGUAUCUGACGAUUUUGCAGAAAAUGAUAACGUUGAGGUAACUGCCCAUGCGAGAAUUAAGAUCGACGAAGAAUUAGGAAUAGCGCAGGAAAUUGAAAUAACUGCGGACUCUUUUGCUCCUUCUGUUCCGGAGAAUCAACAGACUUCAUCUUCAGAAGAUUCCGAGCAAAAUCCAACUGACACUGCAUCAAUGGACUGCGUCGGAAUCGAAGAUUCCGAAACGCAACGAGAUAUCUUUGACGGAACGGACACGAUAAAUAAUAUUGUACCAACAAAGAUGAGUAACGAUGACAUUAAUACAUCCGUACAAAAUAAUUCGGUAAAUUCUAUUAAACUGAACCUGAUCAAUGAUUCUGUGAUAGCGGCUUUAUCUACCAAAGAUGACAAUACAACAAGCAUGGAGGAUACUGUAGAUAUCCAAAAUAUUACCGAAUUGAAUUCCACUGUCAAUACAGAUGAGGUAUUCUGUGGAAAGCUGAUACGUACUAGUACAGAGACAACGGAAAACUUAAUGGAUCAAGAUACUUUACCGGUAACGGAUUCCUUAUUUGCGAGUUUACCGUUAACUCAAGAAUCUACUCAAAGCCAGGAGGCUCAGAAUAAUGUGGAACCUGAUCCCGAACUUUUGAAUUCUACGCUGCCUAUUUAUCCAACAUUGUCAUCGUGUGCGGAACCAAUCGAUACUAUUGUUGAACGAUUGACUUAUCCUCUUUGGAAAAAGAACUUGUCUACACAUCUCGCGAAUAGAAGUUUGCGCACGAUCGGUGAUCUUGCUCAAUUAUCGGAACGCGAAAUAAACAGAUUACCCGUGAAAGGUAAACCAAAGACUGAAUUUGUGAAGAAAGUGUUGGAACAUUUUGAAAGUACAUGCAUGCUGCAAGCAGAAUCCUCUGAUAGGGAAUCGAAUGCUAAGGUACAAUCGCCUAUCGUAGCGAUGAACAAAACACCAAUUGUACCAAUUAGCGCUCCUCCACUAGCUGUUGCCGAAGCGGAACCUGCGACAGUUGACAAUAAAUCCUCAAGUUGUAGCGCGCCAUUUAAUCGACCUACCGAAGCUGUUUCCAAUAAUCUGUCAAGAGAAAAGUCACCUACAGAGUCCUUGGAUAAAACAGAAUCUAUCACCAGUGACAUGGAUAUUUCAUUGGAGCACAUAUAUUCUCAAAAUUCCGACUUGUCAAUAUUAAAAAACGAGCAGAUAGAUGCGAAAGAACCAAUCGCUGUUGAAAGUUCGUCUAGAACAUCUAUGGAUAAUGUUAAAUCCGUGCCAAUUGUUUCAUCCUCCGAAAGCAUCGCUGUAAAUGAAAUAGUAUUACCUUCAAGUAGCACGGACACAUCAAAAAGUCGUGCUAAAUCUUCAAAUGUAUACGAAGAACUUCUCAUCACGCACUCCUCAGUUGGUACUAGUACUGAGGAAAUUGGUUCCGCGACGCCGAGUGUUCAAAAAGUAACAAGAUCCGUUGAAUCUCAGAUGGCGCUUGAGGAAUUAUUAGAUGAAAUUGAUGUAAAUCUGGUAUUGGAAAGCGCGGUAAGAAGAUGUAGUCCUGAGGCAAUUCUUUUACAAUACAAGGUAAAGAUGGCACAUUUGAAAGAAACAGAGUUGGUGAAGGAAACUAUUAGAAUGCUUGGUUUGCAAAAUAAACAGCAAGUUAACGAUGCAUCGUUAAAAGCUGCCUGUCGUGCAUGUGGCGUCAACAAAGUCCUUCUUAGAUUACCCGACAUCUUCAGUUACGAUAAACAGUUUUUUGAUAAGGUGCUUAAGGUAUAUAGCAAGAAGCUUAAUGUAACUGAUUUUGUGAACACUUUCGAUUUUAAUCAGUUAAAAAAUGUGGUUUGCCAAAAAAUCACAUCAUCUGAACUCAUUGAGAUGCUUUCGGAAAAAUUAAAACAAGAAGAACAAGACGGUAUUAAGCAACCCAUGACUGAAUUAUCUAGUUUGGACGCUAUGCUACAAAGAUUACCGAUGGACGUGAUCAUUAGUCAUACUGUAGCAAACGAGGAGCUUAUUCCGGCACAGGUAGUUCUGGAUAUAGCUUUACAGAAUAAUAGCUCGGGAGAUAUAGCGCAAGCGUUAAAACAAUCUCCUGUUUUGGCUAGACGCGUGUUAGACAAACUGUGGACAUCUCAGUUUACGAUCGCGCAUAUCGAGAAUGAUGAUACAUCCAAAGAGUGUUUGCUUAAUAUUUUUAAAAGCGUGUGCUCUAAAUUGACUGCACAAGAACUGUUAAACGCGUAUCACGAAGCUAUGACAAAUAAAGUCAUGAUAAAAAACGAAAAUAAAUAGACUGGAUUUGGAGUUCUAGGUUCAGGAUCAUGAAAUACUACGACUGAUGUUUGCAGAAAUAUUGACGCGUCAUAUAUAUCUAGAAACUAGCUAUUCUUACACUUAUUUCUUCAUUUAUUUCAUUUCAAAGUUCAUAAUUUGACUUUAAUUAUGACAGUUAAGUUUUCAACGUUUUCAUUUGCAUCACGCACAUAAUUAAUGAUAGCUUGUCCACUAUCUUGUUGUAUAGUUGCUACCAUUGAUAUUUUAAUCGAUUUAUUUGUAAGUAUUCAUCAAGUUCAUUAAAUGAUAUGAUUUGUUAUAAUUAUAAAACAUUUAUGCGUUAGAAUUUAUAUUAAUCCUCGCAAUACCAGACCGUAUUUUGCCGUAUAUGCAAUAGAAAUAUUUUAUAUUUUUCAAACAAAACAUUUGUUUGAUAAAAUAAUUAAUAAUGUAGAAGAGAAAUAACGCGCGAAUGUUUUCUCAAAAGAAAACUCUUUCUUAAACAUAAAUUAACAAAA